AUGAGUGUAUGUCAACGAGAUGUCGCGUGGCACGGUGGCGAAGCAGCCAGAAUCGCACGGAGAUGGGAGGGCGGCUGCCGCAGGCCCAGCUGCGGCGAGUUCAAGGACUUUGGCGCGAUCGCCAGGGCGCGCAAAGACUUGUCGCCGCAGCAGUUGGUGGACCUGCAGCGCGAGGCAGACGAGCAGCUCCAGCAGGGGCCUCAGACGAAUUCGAAAGCUCGGGCACGAGCAGCGAAGCAGAUGGACCGGCGGCGGCAACUCGCAGAAGCCGAAUUUGGCCAGCAGCAGGGCUCAGCCGUCGAGGACACCGAUGCGAUCGGCGAUCGUAUUCGCGGAGGGCCCCAUCCCGCGAGGUUGCGAAGCAGAGCGUAG